AUGAGUGUUGAUUUUACCUUUGGCGUGAGCUGCGUCACAUCAGAUACCAGACACACGUCCUCUGGUAGCUCAUCGAUUCGUUCAAAUCGGGGCGACAACUGCAAGGCUCCACCGCCACCAGACCAACCUCCUCAUUGUGGUUCGUCUUGCUUUGAGAAUUAUCUCAUGAAUUUGAGUUCAAUACACGGGCCGCCCACAGGCCAGCGGAAUUGUCCUCUUCCUCAAGAAUCUAUCAGAUAUGAUACCGCAGUGACUGAGGGUGAGUUUGGGUGUAACACAGACCCUAAACGUACAGAGGUGCCUUGGUUUUUGGCAUCACCUGGGACCCCUAUCGAUACGGCGAGUUCUGAGGGAGCAAUCGAGCCUACAUCAGUUCUGAACCCCCUCGACUGCUCCUCUCCUACGUACAAUCCUGCUACAUGGGCUAUGAGCCUAUACUCAAAUGGUCCAGGCUCUCCUGCGGUCGACAACUUGGUUGACGACGGAAGCCCCUUCCUUGAAAAGCCUGAGGAGAACGACCAAGGAGACCUUCAUAAUUUCCAGUUGGAAGAAGGGAAAGCCGUACUCGAGUACGAAGAUUUCGUCCUUUACAAGGAGCCAGACUGGUUCGAUGAUUUAGAGCCACAGCUAUUCGAACGACCGUUUGCAACGCCCCAACCUAGGAAUGACGAUGAAAGAAUGAGCGAUGAUGAGUACAUAUGUUAUUGUGGGUAUUGUUGGCCAUUCUCUGUGGAUGAUGAUGCAGGAGAGCAGGCAAGUUUGUAUCACAGUGGGGUGGAUGGAAAUGAUGUCGCUAGUGCUGCGUGA